AUGGACCGCGAAAAGGGCCAACCGACCCAGCCUUCAGAGCAUGACCGCGAGGGCAUGCACCUCUUCAACCGCAAGAGCGCCAGCGCGCAGGGGACCCGCAACCGGAGCGAACGCAAUCGCAAGCGCAACAACACCCGCAACCGCUCCCGCCAGAAUGACGGCAGCAGAGCGGAGCGCGGCGAGGCCAAGCAAGUUAACCACAACGGCCACAAAGUGACUCCUGGCAUCGAGCCCGACGGCGAGAGCGGUCGCAGCUGGUUCCACCCCUGGCACUUUGUACGCAUCUGCUGGAGGAGCUCGAAUCAUGUCUCGAAGUGGACGAAUGUGCUGUGGCCGUUCACGAUAGCGGCAAUGGUGCUGCACUUUCUAGAUGCUGCGAAGCCGCCGGAAGAGAGGACGCAUUCGCUGUGGAUCUUUAUUACCGCAUAUAUUGGCAUGGUGCCGGCGGCGAACCUGGUCGGAUUCGCUGGUCAGGAGCUGGCGAGGAAGAUACCGAAAGUGGUGGGUGUGAUUCUGGAGACGACGUUUGGGAGCCUUGUUGAGAUCAUUCUCUUCAUGGUGUUGAUCAAGGGUGGGAGCAAGAACGUGCAGGUCAUACAGGCGGCGAUUCUGGGCUCAAUCUUGGCCAACAUGCUUCUGUGUCUUGGCACCUGCUUCUUCGUCGGCGGGAUUUUCCACCCCCAACAGACGUUCCACGAGGCCAUCAGCGAAGUGGGUAGUAAUCUUAUGCUCGUCGCGGGCAUGGGCCUCAUCAUCCCCACCGUCUACUACAACAGCCUCCUGAACCGCGAGAUCAUCGGCCAGGCCAGCCUCAAGACGGAAACCCUCCACAUCUCCCACGCCACGGCCAUCGUCCUGCUCAUCGCCUUUCUGAUGUACCUGUGGUUCCAGAGUAGAUCUCACCACGGCCUGUACGAGGACAUCCUCGAAGCCGACGAGGAGCGCGACCACGACCGCCACAAAGACCUGGCGAAAGCCAAACUCACCUUCACCGAAUCCAUUAUCGCGCUCUGCAUCGCGCUGACGUUCGUGUCGUUCAUGGCCAUCUUCUUGGUACAGCAGAUCGAGUACAUCGUCACGGAACGCGGCGUCAGCGACCACUUCGUCGGCCUCAUCCUCAUCCCCGUCGUUGAAAAAGCCAGCGAGCACCUCACGGCCGUUGACGAAGCAUACGACAACCAGAUGAACUUUGCCCUCGCGCACGUCCUCGGCGCCAGCAUCCAGACCGCGCUGCUCAACACGCCUCUCGUAGUCAUCGUCGGCUGGGGCCUGGGCGCGCAAAUGGGCCUGAACUUUGAGCUCUUCGACGCCGUGGUGCUGAUCCUCGCGAUCGUGGUCGUGGGCAACUUCCUUAGAGACGAGAAGUCCGACUACCUCGAGGGCGCGCUGUGCGUGAUGGUUUAUAUUCUGAUCGCGGUGACGGCUUGGUUUUACCCGAAUCCGCUGCAUGUGCAGGAGGAGAUUGCGCAUUUGGCGGCCGAGGCGGCGGAGUCGGGGGGUGAGCAUGCGGCGAGGAUGUUGAUGGGGUAG